AUGGGAGCCGAGGAGAGGCGCGGAGGAGGCGGGUCUCGCGGCAAGCCUGGCAGAGGCGCGAGGCCCUCCGCCCGCCUCUCCGCCUACUCCAAGCCUCCGCCGCCUCAGCUUCCCGAGCGAGCCCUGCGGCCGCCGGAGCAGCUCCCGCGGCGGAGCAGGAGCCGGAUGGUCAGAGGAGCCCGGCAGCCCCAGCAGCCGCGGAGUCGCCUGGCCCCCAGACUGACUGGCACAGUGGAGAAACCACCCCGAAAACGGAAAAGCAGAACUGAAUUUGCUCUUAAAGAAAUCAUGUCCUCUGGAGGUGCUGAAGAUGACAUCCCACAGGGAGAGAGGAAAACAGUGACAGAUUUUUGUUAUCUUCUGGAUAAAUCUAAGCAACUGUUCAAUGGGUUAAGAGAUUUGCCACAAUAUGGACAGAAGCAGUGGCAGUCCUAUUUUGGAAGAACUUUUGAUGUAUACACCAAACUCUGGAAAUUCCAGCAGCAGCAUCGACAAGUCUUGGAUAAUCGAUAUGGCUUGAAGCGGUGGCAAAUAGGGGAAAUUGCUUCUAAGAUUGGGCAGCUAUACUACCAUUAUUACCUACGCACAUCUGAGACCAGCUAUCUGAAUGAGGCUUUCUCCUUCUAUUCUGCAAUCAGACAGAGAUCUUACUAUUCUCAAGUCAAUAAAGAGGACAGACCUGAGUUGGUAGUUAAGAAGCUACGAUACUAUGCAAGAUUUAUAGUAGUUUGUCUUCUUCUCAACAAAAUGGAUGUUGUGAAGGAUCUGGUAAAGGAACUGUCAGAUGAAAUUGAAGAUUAUACUCACCGCUUUAAUACUGAAGAUCAAGUGGAAUGGAACCUGGUACUUCAAGAAGUAGCAGCUUUCAUUGAGGCGGACCCUGUAAUGGUAUUAAAUGAUGAUAAUACCAUUGUUAUCACAUCUAAUCGCCUUGCUGAAACGGGAGCCCCAUUGCUGGAACAAGGCAUGAUUGUGGGACAGUUGUCUCUGGCUGAUGCACUCAUUAUUGGUAAUUGUAAUAACCAGGUUAAGUUCAGUGAACUAACUGUUGACAUGUUCCGGAUGUUACAAGCCCUGGAAAGGGAGCCAAUGAAUUUAGCUUCCCAGAUGAAUAAACCAGGAAUGCAGGAAUCAGCUGACAAGCCUACCAGGCGAGAAAACCCCCACAAGUAUCUGCUCUACAAACCAACCUUCAGCCAACUAUACACUUUCUUAGCAGCAUCUUUUAAGGAGCUGCCUGCCAAUAGCGUGCUUCUGAUUUACCUGUCAGCCACUGGCGUUUUCCCCACAGGUCGUUCUGAUAGUGAAGGUCCUUAUGAUUUUGGAGGGGUACUUACUAAUAGUAACCGAGAUAUUAUAAAUGGAGAUGCCAUCCACAAACGAAAUCAGUCCCACAAGGAAAUGCAUUGCCUCCAUCCUGGAGAUCUCUACCCCUUCACAAGGAAGCCGCUGUUCAUCAUUGUGGAUUCAUCCAACAGUGUUGCUUACAAGAAUUUCACAAACUUAUUUGGACAGCCACUAGUCUGCUUGCUUUCUCCUACAGCCUAUCCAAAAGCUUUACAAGAUCAAUCUCAACGAGGUAGCCUGUUCACUCUCUUUUUGAACAAUCCUCUAAUGGCCUUCCUAUUUGUCUCUGGACUGUCAAGCAUGCGUAGAGGCCUAUGGGAAAAGUGUCAAGAAUAUCUUCGAAAAAUCAACCGCGACAUUGCCCAGCUACUGACCCAUUCACGUUCAAUAGAUCAGGCAUUUCUCCAGUUUUUUGGAGAUGAAUUUCUUCGCUUGCUUCUCACAAGGUUUAUCUUUUGUUCAGCCACCAUGAGGAUGCACAAGAUUUUUCGGGAAACACGGAAUUAUCCAGAAUCAUAUCCACAACUGCCAAGGGAUGAAACAGUGGAGAACCCUCAUCUCCAGAAGCACAUUUUGGAAUUAGCAUCCAUUCUGGAUGUGCGAAACGUAUUCCUUGAGAAUACCAUAGACGACUAUUAA